AUGGCGGCAGGCCACGACACCUUGACGCUCCACCAUACCACCACUACCACCAUGUUACUCGCCGCUACCAUGACCUCCGUUUCCGGCGCAACAAGAACAAGGACGACUACAGCUACGGCUACGGCUACAGGCCCGCCUAAUGCGCCAGGCGAUGCAGGAAACGGUAAAUGUGAAUUGCUCGGCCCCUUUGCGCUGGUCAUCCAGGUGUCACUCGGCGCCCUGGCGCUUCUUGUGCUGGUAUAUAAGCGGUGGAAGGAGAGGCCUCAGCGGCCAGUCAAAGUAUGGGCAUUCGAUGUAUCGAAGCAGGUCUUUGGCUCUUCGAUGUUGCAUCUGGUCAACCUGCUUGCCUCCAUGCUCUCGGCAGGCCAGAUAUCGCCGGAUGCUAAACAGACAAAUCCUUGCAGCUACUAUCUUCUCAAUCUUGGAAUAGACACUACACUUGGAAUCCCCAUUUUGAUUUUCAUACUGCGAGUGUUGAACCAUGCGGCCCUGUAUACCCCUCUGGCCAACCCUCCUGAGUCUAUUGAGUCGGGUCACUACGGCCGUCCCCCAAAAGUGCUGUGGUGGUUUAAACAGUCGAUGAUCUACUUCUUCGGUCUCGUUCUUAUGAAAAUCUGUGUUCUAUGCAUUAUCUACUGGCUUCCGUUCAUUGUCUUGGUCGGUGACUGGGCCCUACGCUGGACAGAAGGGAACACCGCCGUACAGAUAUUCUUCGUCAUGCUGCUUUUCCCCGUCAUCAUGAAUGCGGUGCAGUACUACAUUAUCGACAUAUUUAUCAAAAAGCGUGCCUCCGAACAUGACCCGCUGCAUCAACACGAGGAAGAUCAUGAUUUCGACGACACUGCCUCGAUAAAUAGUGACAGACAUCGCCGCAGUGCUCUGCUUGCUGGUCUUGAUGAUGAGGACGACGAUCCGGCGAGUGAUGACGAAGUCCUAAAUUCUGCGCCUGUUAUCUUUUCAGACGACGAGAGGAGCCCCAAGCCUGCUACUAACGGCAAAGUCACCUCCCACAAGCCUCCUCCCUUACCACACGCCUAA